AUGGAUGUGAUUCAGCGUCGCCCGGUUGGUUUGUAUUACGAGCAAUGGUUGCUGCCUGGGCAGCAACCGGCAUAUCUCUGCAGGUUAUGCAAUAGCAAGAAGACGUUCCAGUCAAUCAAGAACCAUGAAAGGUGGAUCAAGCACAAAGAACGGGUUCGAGACCGGGACGCUUUAUUGGCCAAUAGGGGCGGGCGGGAUGGAUCCUGGGAUACCCGUCAGGUUGACGACAUGAGAGUCGACAAUCCGACCCCUGCUGGCAUGGGUCAAGCCGACGUGCUUGCGAGACUGGAUGCUGGUUUCGGUGGUGGAGCUUAUGAUGACGAUAUUGAUUGGAGAACAGAUGAUGGACAAAUCGAUGAUGUGAACGAACCUGUGCGGGGUGACGACUUUGACGAGCGCUUUUCCGAUGUGAGUUUGAACGGGCUGGCAUUGAUUAUUCGGAACAUCCGUCAGUCCUCGCCGGUUGAUUCAGAUUACUCGAGUGCGGCGCCUUCGGUGUGGGGGUUUGGGGACGAUGAUGAGUUACUCGCCGGUGGAGAUCGAGACGCCGAAGGAGAAGUGGAUGAAGUGCGUCAUCUUGGUGAUCGGGGCUGGUUCCCCUUCAAGGAUAAAACCGUAAGUCCCCUUGCCCCCUGGGCCCGCGGGCAUGUGCGGACUUAG